CCAGCCAAUGGAGAGUAGUGGGCGGGGCCACACGCCCAGCUAACGUAAGCGUUGUAAGUAGGAAGAAGAAGCCGAUUCUGGAAGCCAUUACGUUGCGCACAUCAGUUGAGUAAAUCCUACUAUUUUUGCGUACAAUACGCACAAUUACCUCACCAAAAGAGGAAUUUCUGCAAUUAUGGCAUCGAUCGCUAAGAAGAGAAAAAUGAAUUUCUCGGAGAGAGAGGUGGAAAUUAUUGUAGAAGAAAUAGAGAAACAAAAGCACACACUGGUUAACCACUUCAAUGCUGGAGUCACUCACAUGGCAAAGAAUAACGCGUGGGUGGAUAUCUUGAAAAAGGUGAACGCUGUGACCACCUGUCCCAGAGAGUUGCCAGAGGUGAAAAAGAAGUGGUCUGACAUGAAGACGGAGGUCCGGCGGAAAGUAGCCCAGGCCCGGGCUACCAUAGAGGGGACCUCCACAGACUGCACUCCAGUUCCCGUCAUCCUCACUGCUAUGCAGCAGAGGAUCUGUAACCUCCUAGGAGAGGCCACCAUCAUCAGCUUACCCACAGGAGACUCAGAUGCUGAGAUCACUUUACCUGUCACAGUCAACACCGCCACCACCGUCACACUAGCAGAUACUCUUCCAGCAGGCUCAGAAACAGUCUGUGAUGAAGUAAAGCCAAUAAAUGAAACGACUUACCACACCCUGGAGGAUGGAGGCGUGGUGGAGUACUGCACCACUACUGUAAGUGACUCCGCGCCCACUGUGGUGGCAGCUGUUGAAGCUCCAGUAGAAAUGCUGGCCUCCUCCUCAGCCUCCCCACCUCCACCUCCGGGUCAGGCCAAACCUCAGGAGCUGAAGAGCCGCAUCGCCCUCAACUCCGCCCGCCUCCUGCAGGAGCAGAGAGUCACAAACGUCCACAUCCGACAGAUCGCCCAACACCUGGAGGGACAGAAUGAGCUCCUGCAGAUGAUGCGGCGCUCCCAGGAGGCCCAGGCCUUCGCCCAGGAGCGACAGGCCCUGGCCCUGGAGGGUACGCAGGCCGCCCUGCUAGCGCUAGUGCAGAUGCUCAGGCCUGCUCUCAAAGACCUGCGCAAAUUCCUACAGAGCGGCAAUGAGGGGACAAACCCCAGCAGCUCAACAUCUGGACCAACGGCUGACGGAGCAAGCACAGAAGAGCCCAGCAGGCCCCAAACACCUCCACCUCCACAGCAAGCCGAGGAGGCUCCAUAGACUCCGUAUGGGUUCUGUGUUCUGCUAUAGAGCAGUCCAUGCACACAGAAUGCAGAGAACAAUGAAAAGCCAGUCAAAAGUUGCCUUGGGGUGUGCAUGUACAGAAUUUUACUUUUGUUUUAUGAUCAGAAAAAGCAUCACAGAAGCAGUGAAAAGGUCACGUUGAACAAUAGUUUACUUUUUGCCUUAGCAGUGACUUUUGUUAUUUAUUACACUGGAUUUGAUAAAUUAUGUUUUAAUGCAAAUAUGGCAGCAGUUGUCACCCUGAUAUGGACUGAACAUUUUAUUCUAAGUUUCUUUAAGUCAUCCCACAGUUUAGCCUGAAUGAAGAAUUCUAAGUCUUGUUUUUAAGACCAGAAUCACCUGUCUUUAGAACUGGAAGAAUUUGAAUAAAAAAACUCAUCAGCCUGUGUUUUACUAUUCAGUAAUGAAUAGCAAUGGGAU